UUUGCAAGGACGACUAUUGUUGGAAAGUUAGAAGUCUUGGGUUUUUCUGUGAUGAACAUGGGGAUUGGAGCAAGACACAUUUUUUCUUAAGGGACACAAGCAAUGUCACACCCACUUUUGCACUUUUGACGACUCGCUCAACCCACUCCCCAAAUAAGAAAAUCACGUUGCAGCACAUUUUGAAUUCCACGAAGGAUGCUACUAAGUUUAUGGCGUUCAAAAAUUAUGAAGCCCAACAAGUCAGACCCAAUGAUGAUGGACAGAAUCAUCCCUCACCUUGGGUCUUAGUCACUCCCCGUCCAUGGGUCACUACUGGUCAGAAACAGUCGACCGAAUUCCAAGAUAGUGUCCGAAUAGCUAUUUCGAUCCUGUUCUCUCUUGUCAACUCACGACAACCGGACCCUGAGAAGCAUUACGUGUUGAUCGCUGACCAAGUCUUUGUUCGGAAUGCAAACUGGCCUUUGGUCAAAAAAGUACUCGAGCAUUUCGGUGUUGCACCAGAGUUCACUGGGCACUCAGAUCUUGGGGUGGGCACUGAAUCACCGCUCAUGAAAGGGACUGUUUUGGAUCGAGGUGUGGGAAAGUCUUGGAUUUACAUGAAGAUGGGAACAAUUGGUCGUAUUUAUGUGGGCAUCAGAACUCAGAAAAAAAAUUCAAGUAUCAAAACCAUUGCAGAAUAUCACAAGACCGAUAAGGAUGGACCAGAUCUGUUUCAAUGUCAAGACGAUACGUUGGACCAGAAGAACGAGAACGAAAUGAUGGAAGCCGUGGGUCAAGUUGCAAUCUGUCUCUGCGAGAUGCUUGGUGGGGAAAUCGACGGGGCUCCCAUUAGAUGUGAUUUUCAGAAGAUUGAGAACAAGUCAGGAUGGAAGACGCGAUAUAUUGAAAUGUUAAUUAAAUUAGUUGGAUUUUUCAGUAGCCGUUUGAUUAAGAUUGAUAUUCCAGACAGCAUUGAUUUCAGUGUUGUUGAUUAGCAGCCUGUGAGAGAUUAUCUCCAACCCCCGUUUUUCAAGUAGUUUGAU